AUGCCUUACCCUGAGACCACUGACGCGUUCGCCGUCAACGACAUCAAGAACUGGAGCACCUUCAAGCGUCAGGAGCUUCCCCUUAAAAAGUUUGAGGACUACGACGUCGACAUUGCUGUAGACGCCUGUGGUGUCUGCGCUUCGGACAUUCACACCAUCACCGGUGGAUGGGGAGAGGAUAUCCCGCUUCCUCUGUGCGUCGGGCACGAGGUCAUUGGCCGCGUCACCAAGGUUGGCUCCAAGGUCACUAAGCACAAGGUUGGAGACCGCGUCGGUUCUGGUGCCCAGGUCGGUGCCGAUCUCACCUGCGACCAGUGCAAGGCCGACCAGGAGAACUACUGUCCCAACCAGGUCGAUGCGUAUGGUGCUAAGCACCCUGACGGCACUGUUGCUCAGGGAGGAUACUCCUCGCACGUCCGUGUUCACGAGUACUUCGUCUUCCAGAUCCCCGAGAACCUCGAGACACAUAUCGCCGCACCCAUGCUGUGCGCCGGUAUCACCACAUUCUCGCCUCUUAAGAGGUUAGGAGCCGGACCAGGCAAGAAGGUCGGUAUCAUCGGUCUUGGUGGUCUCGGUCACUUCGGUGUCCUCUGGUCCGUUGCCCUCGGCGCUGAGACGACUGUCAUCUCCCACUCUCCCAGCAAGAAGGAGGAUGCGCUCAAGAUGGGUGCUAAGGACUUCAUCGUCACAAGCAAGAAGGGCUGGGCCGACGACUACAAGUUCAAGUUCGACUUCGUCAUUAACACCGCCGAUGCUACGGACAAGUUCGACCUGUCUGAGUACUUCUCCAUCCUCAAGGUCAACGGUACCUUCCACAUGGUCGGCUUCCCGGACAACCCGCUUCCCGCUAUGCCUGCUCAGACCUUCGCCCCUAACGGCUGCUACAUGGGUGCCUCGCACAUUGGCAACAGGCCCGAGAUGGAGGAGAUGCUUCUGCUUGCGUCGAAGCAGAACAUCAAAAGCUGGAUCGAGACAAUCGACAUUAGCGAAGAGGGCUGCAAGCAGGCUGUUGAGCGCGUCUACAAGAACGACAACGUCCGCUACAGGUUUACCCUCACCAACUUCGACAAGGUCUUUGGCAAGCGCUCGUAG